UAUUUCACUGCAGGGUAAGGAUGUGUGACCUUGCCCAAGCAACCCACUCGCAUCCAGGUUGCACGGGCUUGAGCUGCCCACAGACGCGUGUGGGUACGAUUGUGGUCACGUGAAUAUGGUGAUCAGUCGGUGAGCUCCAAGGGCCCCAGCGGCAACAAUGACUAUGCCCCUUCAAUGCCACGGUUGAUUCCAGUGAAGUGAUAGCAUUAUGUUAGUUGUAGGACGACCGCCGCUGCUUACUUUCGAGUCGCGCCAUCGCAAUGUCGAAGAGAAUGCCUCGCCUCUUGAAGUACAGUUCGCUGAGGCGGUUGACCAAAUGGAGCUUGAACCCCGUGGCGACCAUCGUGCCAAACGUGGCGACUGUCACCAUGGCAGCGUCGUCCAACGUUACGACACCGUCGAGAAGAUAAAACACGUUGAUGCCCAGUAUAGGCACUUCCUCCAACCACAGACGCAAGAGCGAGCUCGCGACGUCCAAAUGUUCCUGCUGCACGUGCUGCAAGCAAGACGGAAACACAUACAUAUGACGGCGGGGAUUUCCAUGCGCGAGCCCCCGGCACCCGCGACCACGCCGCUUCCAAUGUGAUGGUUGGUGGUCGGGAACGAAAAGUCGAGCGCCUCCGUUCGGAUCUUGUUGUCUUUGACAAACACGCCGCGGUACUUUGUGUAGUGCAGAAUCAUGGGAAUGCGAACGGACAAGAGAGAUGGAAGGAACGCGACCUGGCUGCCGAGGGCGACCGAGUAGAACGCGAUGCGGGGAAUGCUGCUAUCCUGGCCAAUGACAAAUCCAAAGUAGACUGCAAGGCCGAGCCCCAGGUUGGUCACGUCCAAUACCGUUUGAACAACGAGAACUUGGGAGUUGCGUCGUUUGGCAGCGUCUUUUUCCUGGACCGUGUACACCUGGAACGUUUCUUCGUCCACGGUGUCCUUCUGCCGAUCAAAUCCGGCAAAAAACAGCCCCACCAGCCAGUAUGGCGGGAGGAACAUGCGGAUCAAAAACGCCAGGCAACAAGCACUCGACAAACAAAUGCCACCAAGAAUCGACGGGCCGUACGGCAGGUCUUUCGAAGUCGACGGAGAUGCCGAUGGUACUGUGCUCCACGUAAUGGCGUUUGGUGGUGUUUGGUGGUCUGUGUACACCACCGUGGAUGUCAGCGACAACGAAAACGUUCCAAGGGCAACGACAACUCCCCCCGACGACCCGGCAGGCAGCACAUACAGUUGAAACAGCGGAGCUCGAAUGCGCUGGACCCAAUCGAUGGCGCCUGAUGCUCCGGUGUAUGCGGCGGAAACGGUCGACAGUGGAUUUUGACUGCGGCAGGCAGUGAUUGUGGCGUCGUACAUGUACGCGGCGGCAAGGGUCGUCGGUUGAGUCAAGUUGACUGCAGCAGUCUUGGAAAACGAAAUAGAGAGCACGUGCGACGUGGCUUGGAACAGUGGAAGCGACCGGAGGAAGAGGUCCAACUCGAGGGUGAGGCCGAGCAAGGCUACUGUGGGCCGCUGUGCCUGCACCACAAACGCCGCAAGACCCGACAUGGGAACGUCGAACGCGAUUACUUUGAUGUCGGCAACUCCUUGGACGACGGUGAGAACCGACGACAACGUGGUGUCGUCAUAAAAGAACCAUCGUGACGAAGGCACAACGCCCUUGAGUGAUGCCAAUGUUGUGGUCCAUUCGCUUGUCCAUGGGACGACGUAAGCCACGCCACCGCCGCCGGUGUAGGUUUUGGCGACAAGCUCUGCGGCAAUUAUCUUUGUCGAGUCUGGCGGAGCCAUUUGAUACACUCGGCUGUGUUCCAGAGGCACGGCGUAUGCACCACAUCCUGUUGCGAUAUGUGUCCAUUGCUUCAGCUUGCUGAACGGGACGCUGUGCUGGCAUCCCGCGGCACACCCUGGUCCAACGACUGCCGUGACUCCUCUUGUGGCAAACGUUUGCAUCGCCGCGAGCGUGCCUGUGUCGUUGCA